AUGCCCGCCUAUGGCCUCACCGUCACCCCAGAAGGGCCUUGGGCACCUAAGGACACGGGAUUGGUGGCCCAGGCUGACCGGGCUAGUGGCCGAGGUCGGCGGGUACAAGGGGCGGGAGUUGACGACUGUCCGGGUGCGCCAGGUAGCCCCGCAAGGCCAGAACCAGGGUGGGUCUGCGGAGCUGAGGUAGCCCCAGCCUCGUCCCCCUCCACCAGCUCCCCGGAGACCCCCCGGCUGGAGAGUGUGGGCUCCACAACCGGAGCACCCCCAACUGUGGCGCAGGCUGCUAAUAUUGGCUCGGCCAGCGGAUCAUCGUCCGGGCAGAGAGACCUGGGUUCCGGCGACUGCCCGGUCUUCUUCAUCCACCGCCCAGGAGUUUCGGCGCAGCGACUAGAGCACAGGGGCCGGCGUGUCACCGCAGCCGUCACCAGUGGACCGGAGAGCGACGCCCUGAGCCCCAACACCCAGCCGCAGGGUGUCACCACCGCUGACCCACCGGCCACGCAGACCCCCACGCAACCCACUCCUACCCGCGCCGCUGCUGCCACUCGCGAGCCCAGCCCUGAGGGAGGCUGCUGUGGCCUCUGCCCCCGGCGAGACCCCCCGACUCAGCCCUGAGGACAACAGCCAGGCCCCACCCC